UGCGGAGCGCGAUGAGGAGCGGGGCCUGCCCGGGCUGGGCGGGGUCUGGCUGUGCUCGCGCGUUUACCUGUGUGCGGGUGUGUGUGCACGUGUGUGUGCUGUGCUCGUAGCGAGCUGUGCGCCGAAACCGGAGAGCAGCCCUUGACAGAUGAAAAUGAUGUUUAUGGAUUGAUAUUUUGCCCUGAAUCGCAGCCAGCAGUCCCUCCGUGGUCCUUUGCUUUUGUUUUAUUUACAGCUUUUCCGCUCUUCGCAUCUGCUAACUGCACAGUUGUGUAUGUUGCAAACUUACUGUUGCCUAGUUACUUCUGUAGCAUUGUGCCCGUCCUGCACAUCGACCUUCAGGCGCUGCCGAUGUGCACAGCUUGCCAGGACCAUGGCUUCCAUCUCAGAGCGCACCUUCAUCGCCAUCAAGCCUGACGGCGUGCAGCGGGGGCUGGUGGGAGAAAUCAUCCGGCGCUUCGAGCAGAAGGGCUUCAAGCUGGUGGCCAUGAAGCUGACACACGCCUCUGAGGACCUUCUGAGGGAGCACUACAUCGACCUGAAGGACCGCCCGUUCUAUGACGGCCUGGUGCACUACAUGCACUCCGGGCCUGUUGUAGCUAUGGUGUGGGAGGGUCUUAAUGUGAUUAAGACUGGAAGAGUGAUGCUGGGGGAAACUAAUCCCAUGGAUUCCAAGCCCGGCACUAUUCGUGGCGACCUCUGUGUGCAAGUUGGAAGGAACAUCAUCCAUGGGAGCGAUUCUUUAGAAAGUGCUGAGGCAGAGAUCAACCUGUGGUUCACUCCUGAAGAACUGGUUGACUACAGGAGCUGUGCUCACGAAUGGAUCUACGAGUAGAACUGAGGCUCUGCCUUUGGUAUCGUGGCUGUGCUCUAGUUAGCUCCAAUCCUCCACAUCACCUCCUGCAAACCUGCUUCACAAACCUGCCACGUGCACGGCUGUGAAUACUGAUCAGUGGUUGCUGUUGCUUUGGUUAGAAAACUACCAAGCUGUAGAUAGGAAUGUGCUUUAAAAAACAUUCAGACGUUUAUGUGGGUAGAGGUGAAAUUAAAUGGUAGAGAAGCAAAACGUUCCUUGUUAAUAGUACAGAACACGGCUUCACAAAACGCUCUGCAGCUGCAGGGAGGCAGAGAGGAGCGCGCAGCCGUGGGGGGCGGGGGGCACCUGCUGGGCUGCUGGGCUGCGCUGUGUGCGGCUGUUGGGGCUGCACGGGGCAUCCAGUCAAGUGAACGCUCAGACCCAAAGCAGCUACGGGAAAAGAAACCUCUUUAUUUCUCAUUCCAAAACGUGCUGUGUUUGUAUGCAGAGCUCAGUGAAAUUAGAACUUUUCUCCAGAUUGAUGUGCUUUCAAUUUUUUUUUUUUUCUGCACAGGAUUUAUGUAGCUUUUUGAGGAAGGAUUAUAGGUCAGGCUUUUUUGAAACCCCUUUUUUAUGUGAAAAGAAGAUUUAAUAUGAGAACGGAUGAGUGUGAUCCACUUUCAGCCAGAAAGCACACGGGGAAAAAUGGAAUGGAGUCUGCUUUGCUGCCCAAACUGCUAACAGCUGUGAUGGCUCUGUCUGUGAUGGCUGCAGGUCCAGCACAGCCUGCUUUGGGAUGAGGUAUUUCAGAAGUGACUCCAGAAUUGUUUUUUAUUUAACUGUGUAAAGAAAUCCUUCACAAUAAUGCUGAGCAUCUUUCAGUAGGGACGGCUGCUCCUGCUGGGGAGAGCAUCAGCCAGCAAACAGUCACUGACUGCACGGGUGUCGAUGCCAUUUAUCAGCUCGUUUAUCCAUAAGUCAGUUCAUUGUAGCAUUCCUUAAGAGCAGCACUCGUGUGUCAGUAGUUGUUUGCACUCCGCAGCGCUCAAUUAUUUCAAGUACUGAACCACACUGGAACUGACAUCAUCUCUUUGUGGUUAUGGAGGCGCUGAGCCCCGCAGAAGAGAUGCUCCAAAGUAAAUGUUUGCCGUUUCUUACGUCAAAUAAAGGGUUAU